UACAAGUUGUUAAAUCCAAAAGAAGAGGACAAUCCACCACUUGGUGACCUACGUUUCCUUCGACUGUGGCAUGACAACCGCGGCAGAGGGGAUAGUGCAUCAUGGUACUGCGAUUUCGUCUGCGUCAUCGAUCUGCAGACAAAAAAUCGCUUCAACUUCAUUGUUGAAAAGUGGUUUGGUGUAGAUGAAGGCGAUGGUCUGGUUGAUCGUGUAAUUCCAGUCGCAGGACCAAUUGAUAGACUUCGAGUCUAUUAUAUAUUCUCGCACAAGGUGAAGAGUGAUGCAAGCGAUAACCACCUCUGGGCUUCGAUUUUCACACGUCCUGCUCACUCCCGAUUCACUCGUGUUGAAAGAGUCGCCUGCUGUCUUUUGAUUCUCUUCCUAACCAUGGUCUCAUCUUGCAUGUUUUACAGGAAUGAAGGGCCGGAAGUCGUUGAUUUCGAAUUCACGAUUGGGCCGUUUGCCCUUACACCUUAUGUGGCCUAUACAGGAGCUGUAACGUGUCUCAUAACCUUUGUUCCUGUCACACUGAUCAUGCUACUCUUCAGGAACUCCAAGCUUCGGGUCAGUCAUACAACUCUGCUAAGGGGUGUUGUGGAAGAUCAUCUGGAUGAAGAAUUGGAAGAUGACGAUUAUGAGAAUACUAUUAGGGAAAACGGACCACAACUACACCACUCUGCCGGCAUUGACCAACCUCGACAGUCCUAUUCAGAAACACCGGAGUUGUCUGAGAAGGAAAUAGAGGAAAAGGGUAAGGAAUCCUUGAAAAGCAAACUUGGAGACAUUUCUUUUCCUUGGCAAAUGCGCAUUCUCGCUUGGUUCCUCCUUAUUGGAGCCAUUGCAGCGUCGGUUGUCUUCACCACAUUCUACGGAAUCAGUUUCGGCGACGCUGCUUGCAAACAGUGGCUAUCUUCUCUCUUCGUUUCCUUCUUUAUGGACCUUUGCCUGACACAACCCAUUAAAGUCAUCCUCUUCGCAAUAUUCUUCGCUGUAAUCUUUCGAGGGAGGAUUGAAAACUACGUAAUUAGACCUCCGGAUCCAGAAACCUUGGAAAGAGCUCGAAUUCAUCGUCAGAAAACGCGCCAAAUGUUCGAUAUGCUUCGCGAAUUACUUUUCUUCGUCGUCUUCUUUACCCUCCUCGUUAUUGUCUCAAAUGGUUUCCGUGAUCCCAUGGCAAUGAGAUUGAGGGAAAGCCUCACUUCCCUCUUCUUCAAUGGUGACGAUUUCAUUAAUUCCAUUGAUGGCAUUUGGAAUUGGCUAGAGAAGGUCCUGUUGCCGAAUCUAAGAGCCGGAAAGUGGUAUAAUGGUAUGCCACCAAUAGGACAACGUGGUUUUAUUGGUGACCGAAUGAAUCGAAUUAUGGGAUAUGCUACCAUGCGCCAAGUUCGAGUUCGGGAAGGUUGGUUUUUCUAA